AUGACGAGCGCAAAGUUCACCGAUAUAGCAGACAUCAAUAGGCCGUACCUCACCGACUUCCAUCAUUGCGACGUUAUUUUAGAUUGGGGUUGGUCCUUUGAAGGCACAACAGCGCAAACAGAGAAAGAAAGAGUAUAUAUGUCUAUCGUCGCGGGAACAACUAUGAUUCUGUCCGGCAGUUCGUUAUACAACUGGUUUGGUAUGGUGGGACUGCUCGUUGGUUAUGUGCAGGAGCGCCCUGCAUUGUCGGCGCAGACGUGUUCUUGCCCUAGGACUGAAUCAUUUCCGAUUGACUACGACCACAAAUUUAGUCGGUAUUCUCAAGAGAAGUAUGGGACUCAAAAUCCUACGCGCAUACUUUCUAUGUUGAACGUAUCUAUGAGGGUUGAGACUGUCCCAGCCUCAUUUUGGACUAAAGUUGUUUCGAACUGCAGUGAUAAUGCCAACGAAAAGGAUGCAUCUGAACUCAUUUCCCGAGGAAAAAUCAUAACGAGCAUAGCAACCACAACGACACAUGAUAUAGAAGGCGAACUCUAG